AUGCUUCGUCCACAAUAUAAUAGGCUCUAUGAAUUUUUUGAAAUAAAUUAUUCUGAAGAGUUGGAGCACAACCAACAACAAAAAUUAAAUAAACUUAGAGAUCCAGUAGAAAACCUAGAAACAGACCUAUUAUAUGUUCUCUCUAAAGAUGCCCGGAAAAGCUUUAUUAAUUUUAAAACUUCAAAGAAGAUGAUUCAAACAACUCAGAAAUAUUCUCUAACCAAGUCUGUCAAAGUAAAAAGUCAUUUUCUAAAAGAACCAAAAAUGUCUACAAAAAAAUGUAACGAGACUGUUAACAAUUAUAUGGUACAAUCUGGUGGUAUUGUUUCUAAUGGGAAAGAAAAUUUACAAAUGGAAGAAACUUUAUAUGACACUGUGAUUCACUUUCCCCAAUUUAGGGAAAAUCAAAAGAGGUUUCAACGACAUAAUAUAAAGCAGUAUAACUCAGUAAUGGUUAAGAAGAAAACCGAUUUUGCACCAAACUUGACAGGGAGUAUGUCCGUCAUUAAUAUAAUGGAAAGUUUGAAGAGAAGUACAAACUAUAACUCUGACGAUCAAAGUGACUUUCAGUACCCCUUAAGCAAAGAUUUUUUUAAGAACAGAAUUGAAACAUGUUCAUUUUAUGAGGGUAGUUGCGUUGAAAAUUUUGAUAGCACCUCUAGGCCUCAAAAUUAUACAGUUACUGAUAGGGUUAGGGGUAGUAAGAAAACUCAUAAAGUAAGGUUUUGGUUAAAUCAGAAAGCCAACAAUUUUUCAAAAAUUCAAUUACUAAGUCAUUCUGAUAGUAUAUAA